AUGGGAAAUCCAGGUGCGAAGCCGACCACCACCGUACACUACCAUGAUUGGCCAAACACUCUGGGGUUCGAUGCAAAAUAUGAGGAGAAGACCCCGGUCGAGUUAAGGGUGGAAGGCAUCAUUCCGGCUUACACUGCAGGCACUCUGUUUCGUACAGGCCUGGGGCCAAGGUCAAUCCAUACAUCGAAGGACACUGAGUUCAAAGUCAAUCAUUGGUUCGACAACUUCUCCCAGGUCCAUCGUUUCCAGAUACACACAUCCCAGCCAGACUCGAAAGUGCGAGUCACGUACAACUCUCGCUUGGUCAGCGAUGGACUUAUUGAAAAGAUCCAGAAGACGGGAAAGUUGGAUGAAUUCACAUUCGCCGCGAAGUACGAUCCUUGCAAAUCCUUCUUUCAAAAAGUACAGGCGGUCUUUCAACCCUCAGCCCCUCGAGCAAAGCCGAACGAGGUCAACGCCGCAGUAACCAUGUCGGUGAACUUUCCCGGCUUUACAAGAGAUGGCCAUAGAGCAAACGGUCCUCGAGACCCCAGCCAAGCUAUGACUCUAUGCAAUAAAACCGAUGCCAAUGUUUUCCAAUUUCUCGAACCGGAAACCCUGGAACCGGUGGGCGUCGCGCACCAGACCAUUCUUCAUCCUGACCUCAAAGGUGUUGGCAGCGGAGCACAUGCCAAAUCAGACCCUGCUACAGGGGAUGUGUUCAACUACAACCUCGACUUUGGUCGUACCGGGACGUAUCGCCUGUGGCGCGCUUCCGCUUCUACAGGAAAGACGUCGAUUUUGGCUACAUUUCACCACACUCCAGCGUACCUUCAUUCCCUCUUGCUGACCAAGAACUACGUGAUUUUGUGCGUGUGGAACUCAUUUUACAAAGCCGGAGGAGCGUCAAUCCUCUGGAAUCGAAAUCUUCUGGAUGCUAUGGGGUGGGACGACAAGCGUCCCACUACCUGGUUCGUGGUUGACAAGCGGUCGCCAGAAGAGGGCGGCAAGGGCGUCGUCGCCAAAUAUACUUCCGACGCGUUCUACUCUUUCCACACAAUCAACGCGUACGAGGAGCCGUCGAGGACCCAUCAAGGUGCGGUUGACAUCGUGUGCGACCUAGCCGCUUAUGAGAACAUGGAUGUUCUCCACCACUUCUAUCUAGACAACCUGAUGAGCCACCUUCCCCAGGCACGCGCAUAUGCAGAUUCUUUGAGUCCCAGCUCACGUCCGAACUACCGCAGAUAUCGCCUGCCGGGCAUACCGUCGACACCAAAACCCGAGCAAGAAAAGGCCAGUCUAGAGUAUGAGAGCACGAAGGCCGACGCAUUCGAGCUUCCUAUCAUCAACCCAAAAAUGGUGACGAGAAAGCACCGGUACAUGUACGGAAUCACCGAUACUGGAAAAUCUACCUUCGUCGACGGCCUUGUCAAGUACGACGCCGAGACACAUGCGACAGUACGAUGGAGUGUCCAUGGCCAAAGCCCUGGCGAGCCCAUAUUCGUGGCAGACCCUCGAUCCGAGGACGAGGACGGCGGGGUCCUGUUGUCGGUGGUCCUCGAUGGGCCCGGGGGAAAGAGCUAUCUUCUUGUCCUCGAUGCAAAGACGAUGACAGAGAUCGGGCGUGCACAUGUCGACGGGGUUAUUGGGUUUGGGUUCCAUGGGCUGCAUGUGAGUUCGAGAGAGCCAGUUGGCAGGUUCAACGGAAUGCAUUUGUAG